AUGGCGUCUCUUUCUCUCGAAUAUCGAGCUGAACACAGUUCCCCUGAGCUGCAUGUUUUUAACAUCCUCAAUGACUACCUUCAGCCUUCUAGCACAACCCCUCCCAGUGAGGCCGCGCAAUCCAUCCACGCCUUGACACCAAAGGCAGCUUCAACACAAGAAGACAGCUCUGAUCUGGAGGGGUUCCUUUGGUCCACAUGGGGGAGUAUCAUCAAAGUCGCCAAACAAAUUCCUUACAAUCACCCCUCGCAAGACCGACUCGUUGACUUGAUCCACGCUCUGACCAAGUUACCGCCGAGAACGGUAUCAAUCUGGGGUUCCGAAAAUUGCCUAUGGGAAGACCUGCCCAUGCUCGGACCAACCCUGCGAGAAUCCUGGAAUGCGGCCCCCACGUAUACAAAAGCCAGCGACCAAGAAAUCACCGAAUGGAUCAACCUACAAGCCUUCACCGCGCGGCUGUGCAAAAGCGACCGAUCCCUUUCUCUUCUUGGCGUCUGGAGUCUGCGGUCGGGAUUGGAACGGGAGCUAUCGGACGAGGAACUCGACGGGGAAGUGGCUGCAGCAGCGAUGUGGAUGGUGUAUGGUGGUGAGAACCUGUUCAGUCAACUGACACACGAGGUACCAGACCAGGAGACGGAGCGCAUGAUGAGGCCUGGGCCGCUGUUUAGCGGACUGGGACAGUUGAGCCCGGAGAGGUGGCAGUUCUGGAAGCUGCGGUUUGAGGACUUGAGUGAGCAGAUCCAAGUCACUGAUGAGACAAAGCAGGUAAUUCGGCUGGCCAGGGAGAAGAUGGAGAGGGUUCAGCAGUAG